AUGAGUUUCAUCCUCAGUUCUUAGACUCAAAUUUUAUCCAUAUUUAUGACAUGGGUUUGCCUUUUUAAUCUCCAAAACCUUGUCUUCUAGUGCUUAAAAACAAAAAACAAAAACGCAGGAGAUAUAAUUUCGAGGUGCUAAGUUUUACUCUGCCAAAACAAUAAUGAGGCUGGGUUGUACGAGUGUUUUGCGAUAGAUGUGUUCUUUGUCCGGUGUGUGGAAUGCUGCAUGUGGUUGAUUAAGGGCCAAGACUCAGAGAGACAAUGAUACAAGUCCAACUCCAAACCCCAGAUAAUCUAUAGGUACUUACUUUGAUGGAGCCUUCCAAAAUCGUUGGCUGUAAAGAAGAACAUAGCAGCAGUGUGUCAGGGUGGACAAUGUAUAUUGGCUCUCCAGUCCAUGAAACCGAUCGGGAUGAUGAUGAUGAACAUGAUCACUCUUAUUACUAUGAAGGACACAACUACAAAGACAAACUUUGCUAUGAAAAUGAUGAUGCCAAUGAUAACAGCGAUGAUUCCAUGGCUUCAGAUGCCUCUUCUGGCCCAAGUCAUCACGAGCUUUCAUGGGGAAGCAAGAGAAGCCCUUUCGACAAGCAUGCACCUGGAAAGCUUUCUGCAAAAGAAAAACUUCAUCAUAAAGAGAAGGUGAAAAAAGAUGAAAGUAGAAUCAAAGUUGAGAGAGAUGAGUCCGUGCUUAAAGCAAAAGCUGCUUCUACUCAAGCUCGAAGUGGAGGCAAGGUGAGGAAAACAAACUAAAAAUGGGCCAAAAAAGAAAGAAUGAUUUCUCAAAUGUUUUUCACUUCUCCUGGAACGUUUCCCAAAACUUUAUGCUAAUAUUUUGAUUGCGAAUGUUGAAUAUGGGUGUUGGUGGGACUUUUACAAUGUCCAUAACCUGCUUGAUCAAGAUGUGUCAUAUAUCAAAAAGAACUAAUGUAUUGUAUGUGUUGAUUCUAUUCUAUGGAACAUAAAUGAAUGGACAUAUUUUCAUUCAAUAA